AUGGGAACGCUGUUCUCUGUUCUGUGUGUUUUUAGAGACCCCUUGGGGUUGGGGCCUUCGGUUGCGGCGGUUUUUUGGUUGGUUGACUUGGUUGUCGGGGCCGGGAACCCUUGUUUGAGGGGUUUUUUGGGGACGUUAAGGCGGGUUCGGCGGGGGUUGUUCUUUGGGAAAUUCGGCCCUUGGCGGUUGUUGGAGGGGGGGGCUUCGGUUGGACCGGAACCCUUUGGGGCCCCUUUUUGCACGGGGUUGGUUUUAAUGGAGUUGUUCCGGGCUGUUUUGAGUGUUGUGCUCGCUGUGGAUAACGGCGAGCUCGCUGUAUGCAGGGGACGCGGUGGUGGUUCGCUACCAAGAAGGGAACCGGGAGUUUUGGGACCGGGAGAUAUUCCCACGACUGCGGUCACCACGAGCUGGUACCAUGUUGAUUUUUGUGCUCUUACCUCUUUCUUCGCCGAUUAUUCACCUACGGAAACGACUCACGAGGCUACAGUGGGGAAGAAAACACUAUACGCUGUUCUAAAACCGUCUACGGAUUUCGGGAAGUUUCCGAAGGCAGUGCUUAGAUGGGGUUGGAAUUCAGCUCUUCAUCAAUUCGAGCGGGAGCUGCCUCAACGGGUGCCUUAUGUCGUAAUUCAGCGUUAUAUUUACCUCGAUCCUGUCAUAGUUUCUCGUAACGCCUACCCCCUCGCUGCCAGCCCAAAUUUCCGCAAAGUUGAAUGGGCGUUGAUGGACGACGCUGUAAUAUCCCACGGCAGUCUAUGCUGUUUUGACAGCGUGUACCAGAAAACUUGUUCGCGUAACGAUGGACUGUGGAACAGACGAUCGAGCGACUUUUACGAUACGGUAAACCUCUCCGGAAUUCCACUGAAGAAGCCCGCGCCAAGAAUAUCAAGGAAAAAGGCUGAGGCACCGAGGAGGCCGAAUAAAUCAGAAUGGGUUCACGACGAAGUUACUGUGAAAGAGGGGGAUACGUGUACAGACAAACCACGGCCCAUAGAUGCUCUGAACGAAGAGGGGCCACACGGGAAGGUGGCAGUCGCUGGGGAUAAACGGUCAACUUGGCGGUCAAGAAUAGUCGACGUUCGAUAUUCAAGCUAUGAUAUAAGAUUGAAGCCUCGAGGCUUAUUCAUUGGAUUUCUUACACUUCGUGGUAUUAUUAGGCUUCUGGUACGAUAUACCGCCAAUAUUCUCGAGAAACCUAUUCCCGGCCAGGCUGGCAAAGCAACUCCCCCUUCCCCCAACUUUCCUGGUAAUGCGUUCAGGCGAACGCUUAAUGUUCUCCAUGUUAAAUCCGAAGCUCGUUUCGUUCCCUCGUCUGCGGAUUUCCAUCCGACUAUUCUGAAUGCCAGCACGUCUGGCGUACUCAGUACGACGCCAAGUACAGAUAUCCGGAUUCUAAGUUGCACGCAAUCGCAUGACGAAAGUUCUAAGGAAUGUCACAUUAUUCAGCAGGCCGGCACUCUAACAUACCAGAACGCUAGGAUUCAAUGUAUCCAAACCCUCGUGUGCCCCACAUCAUAUAAUCGUUGCGUCGUACCAUCUCGGGACCCCCCCAGUGUGCCAUUACGAGGUACUUAUCCUCAACGUCUUCGCACAGUUGUCUCGGCGCGACCUACGCGCUGGGUCCCGACCCAUCUGGCCGUGUUCGUCCUACAUCAGCUGCGCCGACACUACGAUCCGACCCCCGGCAUCCACUUUGACUAA